AUGACGGUCGUAUUGACGUCGUUGCCGAGCCGCGGCAUCCCACGCUCGAUUGCAACUAGGCUUUCCGUCGGUCCAACGAACUUCAUAAGCAGAGCCAAUCCGAGGCAUCGCAACUUUGCCACGAGCCGUUUGGCUCGUUCGGCAGACAGUGCGACCAGCAGCCAAUGGAAGGUCGCAAAGGUUCCACAUCGCGGAGUCGUCCAGGUCAGCGGCAGAGACACAGUCAAGCUACUGCAAGGUCUCGUCAGUCACGAUGUCCGCUCUCUCGAAUCCGCCAAGCCCACCGGAUCGGGAUCUUCCGGCUUGGUCUAUGCCGGCUUCAUGAACCCGCAAGGGCGAAUGCUUGCGGAUGUCUUCAUCCACCGCCAGUCGCCAUUGGACGACGGCUCGCCACGAUGGCUCCUCGACGUUGACUCGCGUACGCUUCCGUCGCUACUGAGCUUCAUCAAGAAGUUCAAGCUUCGAUCUAAGGUCCAGCUCGUCGAUGUAUCGGGCGAGCACAACGCGGUUCAGGCGUGGUCCGCUUCGCAGUCAGAAGCGCCAGCAGCCAUCAUCGAGCAUCUCAGCAUGGACCCUAGGUGUCCAACAAUAGGCUACCGUGGCGUGCUUCCAGCGAGUGAAGCUGUCGACUUCAACGGAUCAGCGAGCCAGGUCGACGGAGACGAGUACACCUUGUAUCGAAUCAUCAAUGGUGUUGCCGAAGGAGCGCUCGACUUUCCCGAAGGAUCCAGUCUGCCUCUCGAGAACAAUCUCGAUUACAUGAACGGCGUCGACUUCAGGAAAGGCUGCUAUGUGGGUCAAGAGUUGACCGCUCGCACACACCACACGGGCGUAGUGCGCAAACGUAUCGUCCCGCUGUCGUUCUACCUUCCAGGAUCUAGCCCGCCUGCGACCAUCACAGAGGUCGACCCUUCUUUCUCGCAUCAACUACCAGCACACCUCACAGAGGUACGCUCCAGACCAGUCGGGGAAGCAACGGAUGGCAAAUCAGCACGUGGCAAAGCAGCAGGCAAGUUCACAGCCGGCAUUCACAACGUGGGACUGGGAUGCCUCCGAUUGGAACAGGUGAGAAGGUGGACCGACGCUUCAAGUCCAGAAGCCAGCAGCAGAAAGGACGGGCUCGAAAUGACGGCAUUGUCAGCGGACGGAGAGACGACAUUGUUGGUCAGACCAUGGAUUCCGAGUUGGUGGCCCAAGGAGAGGCCAGAGCAAUAG